CCUCUUGAUCUACCGCUGCUUUCUGGAUUAUUUUAUUUUCCAAUUAGUUUGGCAAGAACUAGCAAUACUGAUCACUGUAUAAAAUCAAAUAAGUCUCCUAGAUAAAAGCACCAUGCUUAAAUCUAUACGUCGCCUGACUGUGAUCUUGGGACAUGCAGUGAAGGCCCAACAUUGUUCCUCCAUGAGCCUCUCCGAUCAAGACAGGCCCUCCCUUCACGUCAGUCCAAUGGUCUGCAUGGUAGACGAACCCAUCCAUAUCCGGAUGUCAGGCCUGGACUCCAGUCAGCUUGUCACGUUUGUGCUGGAUUUGAUUGAAAAUGACACAAAGUUUGAAUCUCGGUGUCUUUAUAAAGCAGAUAAUAAUGGCAUAGUUGACAACUGCAGAACGCAUUCAUUAGAGGGAUCUUUUACAGGUGUAGAACAAAUGGGUCUGUUCUGGAGCCUGAAGUCAGUGGGUGGUGGAGAUCUAGUCCGGCUGGUCAAGAAGGAUGUCACUCAGCCAAUGGUGUUCUCUAUCAAAGUCUUGCCCGGCAACCAAGUGCAGCCUGCCAGUACUGACCUGUUGCCGCUGGCAGAGACCAAGGUUCAGCGACUCUUCAUGAGGCCUGGAGUGAGGAGGAUCAGACUGACUGGCCAGAUCAAGGGGACAGUGUUUGUGCCUCAAGGUGAGGGCCCAUUCCCUGGGUUGGUGGACAUGUUUGGGGGCCUGGUGUCCCAGAUUGAGACCAGGGCGGCCCUGUUGGCAUCCCAUGGCUACGCCACCUUGAGUCUAUCGUACCUGUAUGGCGAGGGGCUCCCCACUAUGCUCAUGGGAGCAGAUAUCAACUACAUACAGAAAUCCUUUGAGUGGUUAUCGGAACAGGAGUAUGUAGAUGAAGCCAGAUUGGGAGUAAUAGGCCUGUGCUUUGGGGGACAUUUGGGGCUUAGACUGGCCACUUUGUCAUCUCAGGUCAAAGUUGUUGUGAACAUCAAUGGUGUCCCCAUCAUUAGCAGUUUUGAGAACUUGAAUUCGUCAUUUGAAGGGAGUACUGACUGGAGUGACAAAGUAUACACUACAGAGGAGGGUGUUGUCAUCAACCAGGUCUUUGACUGCUUCAGUCCCAUUCUGAUUCCUGUAUGCUGUGUUGCCCUGUUCCCCUGUCUGCUGCAGGCUUGGCAACAUGGUGCCCGACUGCUGGUGAUUGUAGGGGAAGAUGACAAGCAGGUUCACCCUAAGUGGCACACAUACUUGGAGAAUCAUAUCCCAGACCAGUACAGACACAAUUUACAGGUGUUCCGUUACGAGGGUGCAGGUCACCUGAUAGAGCCACCAUUCAUGCCUCACAUCAGGACAGUGGCUCCCGGACGCAAAAGAAUGCUCACUGUGGACUUCAUACCCGAGAAGUUUAAAGACGAAAAAAUGAUGGCAGGUGGAUAUCCCAAACCUCACGCUGAUGCACAGGAACAUUCUUGGAAGACAAUUUUAGAGUUUUUGGAAGCAAAUCUUAAAUCUUUGAGGUAGAGGAUUGGUGUCAGGUUUUUAUGAAGAAAACUUGGUGUUUACAAAUUUGCUCCUUGAUUACCAAAACAAGCGAGAAAGAGACAGUGCUUAUUACAUUUGUAAGAAAAGCUUUAAGUGUCCAUGGCGUGGACAAAAUAACCUGCUGUAAACAUUGCAAUGUUUAGUGUAUAUAAAAUACAUGUACUGUACUUUAUAUUAUAAAGGAACUCUUUUACGAAUAUUAAAAUCAUGUUGAUUGAUAAAA